AUGGACAUCGACCCGAACAGCCCAGGCUCAGGCCCAGGUCCACGGUCACAAGCUGACUUCCCCUUCGACUCAGUAGUCGACACAUUCCCCUUCCUAACCGACCAAGCCCACCGCGCACUAAACAUCCAGCUCGACUUCUUCCGCAACUUGAGCACCAUGGACCUCCCUAUUCCACAAGACGCCAACGCAAAAGAAAAGCUAAAAGUAAUCCUUGCUAAAGCGGAACUCGUCAAUGAAAUCGUGAAAAGUUUGACUGAGAGCUCUGAACUUCUUAUGCAGCUGAAGAACAUAGAAUAUGACGAGGUCAUCGCUGUAAGAAAAGCGGAAGUUAGCAGUACGAUUACUGAGACUAGCGUUAAUAUUAAGAGGGUCAUCGCUAUGCAGACAGAGGAGGUUAGGAUAGGAUUGGGGCAACAGGGGGCGGCAGAAGUCCAGGAACAACAAAGACUUGUAGAACAGGAAAUGUUCAUGCAACAAAGGAACGUCGGGCUAAUGGGAGCUUCAGAAUCCCCUGAGUCACAGAUGCCAUAUAUUCAGCCGCAAGUUCAUGAGCAGAGUCAUGCGCCACAACAAAACAAUAUAGCAGAUCAUAUUCCAGGGCUUCGCCAUGCUUCUGUACCACCAGCCGGACCUCAGGGAUACAAUCCAGUACCACUAAACAACCCAGGUCCAGUACACCCUCAGCCUCCCGUCCUAGGCCCGGCACCAGGUUAUGCCCAUCUCCCAACACUCAAUCAAGCCAAGACAUAUCCUCACAAUCCACACAUCCCCUCCCCCAGCAAGUACCCUUACAAAGACAAGACAGCGUAUACGCCGAAUCAAGCACCACAAGCUCUGACGACUCUGAGAUUCGAAUGA